UGUGUGAAUCAGAUUGCUAGUGGUGUGUGCUGCCCAUGUUCCUCAGAGCAGAGGCUGCCUCAGUGUGGAAAAGUUAUAGACGUAAAGCUCGUACAACUCCAUGCUGGAAUAUAUCAUAAACAUGGAAUAAAAUCUCAUUUAUCAGCUUGAGUCUGAGCGGGCCAGUGAAUCUGUGAAUCUGAACUUUGGGAGCAGAGUAUCAAGAAGACAAAGAAUAUGGCGAAAGAAAGCCUCUGGUCACAUCUCAGAGAGGGAUAAAGCAACAAGUCUGUCUGGGGUGGUCUGGACUGAGGGUGUUGUGACAGCCCUCUCUCGAGAACACACUUCAGCAGGAGACAGGGCAGAGGUUACUGAGUGGACCGGGAUUAAGGGAGUACGCAGUCUAACUAAUUAGGCAUGAAAGUUAUUUCUUUAUUUUAAAACAACAUUAAAAUUGUAUUCAUUUCACACAGAUGUUAUGCUCUGACUCAGAGGCUUUUGAAUUCUUCACUGCUUUAUUAGGAAUGAUGCCUAUGGGUGGAUGAGACAAGAGGUUUUUUAGGGACACCAGCAAAGAUUCUUUGUUAAUCCAGACUUCAAUUAUACUGAGUACUCAGCAAACAGUAGGAUUGUUGAGGUACUUCAGGCUAAAUAAAACCACAUACCUGUAACUGAGCUGAGCUGUUCUCCGUAUGAGAUGUAGGGCAUGAGACCUACUGCUGAGCAGGAAAAGAAAAAUUUACUGCCCUUAAAAGAGAAGUCUGUUAAAAUAAAACACCAACAAUUGGUGCAUGGGCAAGAACAAACUAAGGGCUGGUUGAGAGUUGACGUAAUGCUGUUGGAGCGCUGUAAUAACUCAUUAAUGGAGUCAAACUAACAUGUGUGGGAGGCCAGUCUCAGUGGAAAGCUCAUAAAAUAGAUGGGCCUGUAGAUGUGUGCUACUUUGUCAGAAUAUUUAAAAAGCAAUGACCAUUACAAGUUCCAUCUCAAACUAACAACAAAAGAACAUUAAGGCAGGGCAGUGUAUACUGAUUUUCUGAGAAUAUUUUAAGAUUGAGAGUAAGAUUUUUUUUUUUUUAAUGCGACUCAGAUUUUUUGGCUUUGAUGUGAAUAUUCACAAAUAAGGUCUGUACUUUGUAAAGAGAUAUUUUUUUAGGCUGAGAUUGAGAAACUACUUAAAAAAGGCAUUUGCAAGACAUUUUGCCAAUAAAUGGCCAAGACACUGUCCAGUGUUACUUGCAAAACCAAAAUAGUUCUCCCUUUGACUUAAGGUCUUUGAACGAGAAGUUGCUUUUUUAAAGGAAGGGAAGUGGACUUUAGCCUGGAGGAUUUGGCACAGAACGUAACUUAGUUUUCAAAGCAUAAAAUCAGCAGAAACGUGCAAUUAUUUAUGUAGCCAAGUGCUACCCACUCAUACCACAUGCAACACGUCACUUUCUUUUUUUUUCAAAAACGAAGUUUGCAGAUAUUUUCUUAACAUUUGAUCUUCCUCAACAUACAGCAGCGGAUACUCUCAAACUCAUUGGAGAUGGAAUAUAUGGAUCCAAUCCUAAACCGCAAAGAUCUCUGCAGCCGGAGUUGGAUUUAUUUCUGAACUUGUGUUUUCUAAACCAAAAACCCAACACAACUGUGCAGCCCAGUUUCUCUGACCACAUACCCAUCUGAGGUUUCCAGGAAUUGGGGACAUGAGUAUUUUCAUCUCACAUCUAUCUCAGUGGAAUCAUUUUGGAUAUGGACAGCAACCAGUGGCAAAAAACCUUUGUGUUCAUACUUAUGGAAAAUCCUCUCUGAGAAACAUUUCACUCAACUGCACUUUUUCAGUUUUACUUUUUUAGAGAAGCCCUGAGCCAUGCAUAAUUUUGCAUGAAUGGUAAUGCGUGGAUAAUUUCUAGGCCAGAUUCCUUCUGCUGCAUAGGACACACAAAAAACUCACUGGAACACCAAGAGUUUUAGUUGGAAUACUAAUACUUGGAGAUUUUGUUGUACUUUCCUGUGGUUUUAUUGUAAGCUCGGAAAACUCAGCAGUCAUGAACUUGGGCAAACUGUCUGGGCUGAAGGGCCUGGUUUCUCACUCCUCAGGGAGGCGGCGCUUUAAGGGUGAUCUGACUCCAGACAUGAUCAGCCCACCGCUGGGAGACUUCCGCCACACCAUGCAUGUGGGCCGUGGUGGAGAUGUAUUUGGGGACACCUCCUUCCUCAGCAAUCAUGGGGGUGCAGGGAACAGCGGUGAUGGAGAUUCCAUCACCGCUUCAGAGAAGAGCGAGGGCUUCUUCUCUCGCACCCUACGGCAUGUCCGCAAGACUCCAGAACGGCCGCGGGGGAGUUCCAGAGACCUUUCUCCUCCACCUCCACCCAUCUCCCCCAUCAUAAAGAACGCAAUCUCCCUCCCUCGCUUGGAUGUGGACUCACCCAAUGGCUGCCCUGUGAAGGUGCUGUUUCCCAGCACACCCAAGCCACCCGAAGACAGCACUUACUCAUAUGGUGUAGAGUCUGGUUUUGUCACACUGCCCAGGCUGUCACGCUCAGAGAGGCCUGCGCAGAGCACAGCUCCCUCAUCCUGCUCUGCCGAGAUACACCGUGGCUCUCUCACAGAUUUGCCACUCACCCUCACCGUCCCCGACUCACUCAGCCCCUCUGACUCCAUGACCUCCUUUACCGUCGACCUCGGCCCCUCACUCCUGUCAGAAGUCUUUGCCAUGAUUGAUAGGCCCAGUGUCCAUGCGGAAGCCAAUCACAAAGCUGAAGAGGAGCACAAACCUGAGCCCUGGGCCAAUGGUGACACUGAAAUGACCUCGGACACCAGAACCUCACUGGUGGAUUCACUUCUGAGAGAGGAUUCAGAGGGCCGGAGUCGCCUUUAUGGAGUAGAGUGGGGGUGUGGGGAUGUGAUGAAUGGGAAAUCCCUGAAACCGGUUAUGGUAGGUGAUCUUGUGCGCUCCUACACUGCCAAAGAGCACGGCAUGGAGGCUAAAAGGUUUCAGGAGGCUGCAGAUGUCCUGGCACGACAUUAUGGCAGUGGAACAAACAGGAAACCUGACAUGAAUGUCACCCAGAGGAGACAACCUUACACUUACCCUGAUGAGGAGGAAGAGAUCAAGGUCUAGCCUGAAAGACGAAUAACCUCAAGCUUUACAUUUCUCUUGUGCCAAAUGGAACAGAAGUUUAUCAAGAAAUUGAAAUUUGUAAAAAAAAACACAAAACAAAAAAAAACAAGGUUCUCUCUUGCUCUUUGAUUGUAAUCUGUUGAAAUAAGAGCAGCACAGGACAUGAAGUUGAAAAAAAUGCAGAUGAAUGAUAUUGGGUUCUUAAGAGGUGUGGCUGUGGAAGGAUGUUGAAGUAUCUGAUGGAUGCUGGAGUAUGUUUUUAGCUUAGAUGUGGAUAUGAAAUAUAUACUAAGUGUUUGAUUGUGACAAUCAAUGAACAAAUUGACCUCAUUGCUAUUAUUUUCCUCUGUUUAAAUAUGAGCAAUAUGAAUAUUAAACCAGGAGCAGAGUCCAAGCAGCACGAAUCCGGGUAAGGCAGCUUUCUGCCACAGAGAUUCUAUGUGAAUAAGACUUUUCUUUGCCAGUGCAUGAACAGUUACAGCUACAUUAUAAAGGCUAAGCAUACAUAAUGAACUACUCCUAACUGGUACAGUAUAUAUUAUAUUUACACCAGCACUCCUAUUUGUAUGUUCAAGAGGUUUACUACACAUAAUUUUCCAUAUAGACUCUGUGGCUCUAAUUGCCGAUGUUAUACAUAAGCCUUAUUACAGACAUAUUUUAUGUGGGAAACAGCUGUCAUAUUAUUAUGAAAUGCAUAAAAGUACUCAUAUGCAUUUCACUUUAAUACUCUAGGCUGUGAUAUAUAAAAAAUACUGACAAGGCAAAAAUGCAUUUUAAUAGUACUGCAAUCUUUCAGUUCAU